GACGGCUGGUGUGCAGGGGCGGAUUGCCAAGUAGAGUGGGUUCGCGCGUCCUGCCAAUGCACAUGCGCGUCCGCCAUCCUUGGGAUCCCUACGCCCGCCGCUUCGGCUCCUUGCCCAACCGCAAGAGGGUCCCGUUGGCUCGGGGGAGUACGGUGGUCAUCGUGUAGUCACGAAGACAUGUUUUGGUGUGCCAUGGCAGACUGCCACGUGGCAGGUGUUCAGGAGCAUUGUCCGCGCAAGUGCUCGGCAACUGUCACGUUCACCUCAACCAUAACCACCACGCCGUACUCUACGACGAUGGCGACCACGACUGGCACACCGACCGUCUCUUUCACGCGAACAAGUAUCACUGGGUGCAGCGA